AGGGGCGGGCGAGGCGCGGCGCAGCUCGGGGCGGCACGGCCAGGGGCGCCCCGGAUUCAAGUGGAGCACGUUCCAGAUUAUUGGCUGAUGGAGCUUCGACGCCGAAAGGAUCGAUGAGUUGGAGAGCGACAUUGAGCGGCGGUUGUCGAGUUCUUCCCUGCCGUGAGAUCCCCUGGCCGAGCUCUUCCGCGGUCGUGGUGUGGCUCGGUGUCGCAGCCGUCGACGAGGAGCUCCGAUGUAGCUCCUCAGCUGGAAGCGGCCCCGGUCCCGGCCCCGACGACUGGUCCGCUGGCGGUCGCUCAAUGGUGCUCUAGAGUUGCUGCAGAUGCGAGCCCGCGGUCGUCCAUCGCAGGAGCUUCAGGUGAAUCCAGGUUUGUGGCAGCGAGUCCUGGCGCGGGAACUCCAGGUUUCAGGUGAACCAUUCCCCUUCCCAGCAACUACACGGCAAGAAUUUCAUCCCUAUUAUCUCAUUCUCUCCAUAUUUUUGCUGGGCUGAAAGCCAACACCACUUUGACGUUAUUCUAUUUGGGUGUUGUGGGAUUGGAUCUUUGAUUGUUUCAUGGUGAUUUCUUCAACUAUGACAUUGAUGCUGACUUAUUAUAGAUGAAGCUCUCGAAUUAGUGUGUUGGGGGAGCGUGAUGUUGAGGGAGAUCCAACUACCGACAUCAUAACCUUGUUUACAAGUAAACCAUGGAACCAAAUUUAGGGAAAAGAUCCUGCCUUUCUGUUCAGUUAUUUAAGUCAGUUGUACUGUUUCCGGUUCAGUGUAUGAGAUAUACGUGAUUGAGUUGUAGUUUGAGAUCGAUUUUGGAAGGUUCAGUCUGUAUAGUUAGCCACAUAUUUGUAGGAACUGUCUUGCAUUUUCUUUUAAUGCAAAUCAGUUCUCUCAAUGGGAAAAAAUUCGUGAGUUCUUUUUUGCUUGAUACGGAUGGUAUUUCACAUGUCCUACAGGCACUAGAUGCAGAUUUGCUGCAGAAAUAAAUAUUGUGUACCAAAUAGCUGAUUGCAUUGCAAUUUUUUUACAAAGUCUGCAGAUUCCCAUUAAUUAACUUAUAUUACUUUUGAUGAUUUACAUGAAACGAAUGCCACAUUUGGUGGCUGUGGAGUUCUGCAUGAGCUACUAGCAUUUAUUUAUUUAUUUAUCAUUUCAUAAUUAAAGCGCAUUUUUCAUUUUUCUUUGUGGGGAAAUCACAAGCACCCUUUCACAAAUGAUCUUUUCUCCUCAGGCAUCACAAUUCACAAGAGAUGGCUUGCUGAUGAAUUAGGAUCAGAUGUUGCAAAUGUUCGACAUGAAUUAACAACGAAGACCUGAUAUGGUUGCUACGGAUUAUCAUGCUUGGUCACAUGGCAGGUAUGCUCCUUUUUACGUUGAGUACACGUUGGUUGCUGAUAUCCUUUAAGUGGGUCGAAUUACACUUGGAUACUGUACUAAGCAAUGCCAUGUAGUAUCAAGAGAAUGUAGGUUAUAAUAAUGUUUUGCUAUAGUUGUUCAGUAGGUUCUUCAAGCAUGGGGUGGAUGGGAAAGUGAACUGCAGUAUUGCAAUUUGCAAGCAGCUGCCUGGUAAAUAUGUUUUCAGUAACUCUGCUCCGAAUCAAGUCUACUAUAUGCUAUUCCGUUUUGGACUUUACACGUCCAUUAGAGGGUUCCAUGGUUCAGCCUGGCGCAAUUUCAUCAACCGCAAUCUCCAUGCUGCUGAUGACGGUGGAGGCCGUCUCUUCCUCCCGGCUCGGCUGGCGGCACGCAGGAGGACAUCGGUACUGCAUUCUGCAUCCCGAGUUGGAGACCGGGGCUUCGCCUUCGCUGUCCGCCUCCGCGACGCCACAACAGUGAAGAUGCUCAAGUCAGUGCUGUCGCCAGAGAAAGUCAAGGUCUCAGCGGCCUCGGCGCACGGGAGCCUUGCAGGCGGCAUGAGGCGCGUCGAGGAGCAGGGCAUUUUCGGAUGUGACGAGGAGGUCAUCCCCACCGGAGCUCCACCCUGCAAUCCUCCCCCCCCCCCCCUGGCCGAGCUCCCCCCUUACCGACGGUCGUGGCCUGAGUCGGGAAAAGGUCUAUCCUCGGCGAUGGCCCGUCACUGGUUGCAGCGGAGGUGGACAUGGCCAAGGCGAGAGGUUCUUCCCUCGCGCCUGUCUGUUGCAGACGCUGCCAUCGGCCGCUCACCACCUCUUUCAUUCAAUUCAAGAAUCCACGGUCUAGGUUAGGAAAGCCCCAUGCCUGAUUGCUGAGGAGUACAUCGCAAUCGCCUCGGCAAACGACACCACUGGCGCGUGGCACCGGGAGCCAGCGUGGACGUGCAGAGCUUCCUGUGAUAAGAAUUAGUACUCAAGUUGUUGCUUAAAUUAAUACCAAGGAAACUGCCUUCUGCUUGGAAUGUUCAGACAAAAUCACUUAUAAUGGUGCAUGACUGGUUUAAAUAUAUAUUCUUCUGGAGCAAAGCAAGUGUUAUGGAUAGUUCAUCUUGGUCUGGAUACAGAUGUUUAAGUUAUAAUUCACAAACAAAAGUAACUUAGUUAGACGGUGACCAUUGCCGGUUAAGACUGGCCAAUUUGUUUUUAUGUGUUUGCCUGUUGGUUCAUGUCCUGGGUCACAUUGAAAUUAAAUCCACCGUUUGCUCGCAUAUUUUAUAAUGUGAUAUUUCGGACUGUGGGAGAAUUUUUUCCACCAUCUUUAUUGCAUUUUUGACACGGAAAAUUCAGUAUUUUAGAGCUUUAGAGAUCAACAAGAAGCUCAGGGGUAAAACACUCAACCCAUCUACUGUAUGCCUGUUGAGAGAUCUACUUUGCUUCUUUUGCAUAUCAGGUUUCUGUUGUCGUUGUUGUCAUAGAGGUUUGUACUAUACCAAACUAUUUGCAGGCAGGUUAAUCUCUAUCUUGAGGCAUGGUAUGUGUCUCCAUUCCCUUAAACAAACAUCCUUUUGUUGUUUUCUAGAAUUGCUAAACAAGUGAGCAGUACCUUCAGCAGCCGCCGCCCACGGCGAUCGAAAGAUCCGGAAGCCUCCGAAGAUUGAAUGUGCUCCCAAGAAGGCAACAGAAUAUAAGCAGUGCAUCUCCUGCAGAGUAUACCAUCGAGAUUUGCACAUACAUUAGAAUAUCUAUUACCAUAUCUCUAUACAUAUUAUAUGUUGAGAUAAAUACUGAACAAUACAGUAAGAGAAAAUUAGUAUUUAUAUACCUAGAAAAUAUUGGCCAUGUCCUCACAGGAUCGCUUUAAUUUUUUGUCAGUCUUUGCUUCCUCUUUUAGUUCUCAAAAGGUGAAUAUUUCCUGCUGGAAUUAAUGCAUCAAAAUCUUGCCUGCCUUUGCAUUAAGUUCUCUUUUAAACUGUUAGAUUUUAUUUAGCAGGGCGAGUUGAGAUUUUUUUACUGAUUACCAAAUAGAAAUUGCCACUUACAAUUCAUACUGUUCUGUUUAAAGUAAUUUAUUCUGUGCUGCAGAUGGAGGAAGUCAAAGUUGAAGAGAAAAACCAAAUAAUUGAGGAAAAUCUGACAUAGUUGGUGAAGGACAAUGAAUAUGUAACUAUAUUGAAAGAGGAUAUGAAAUGGAUUAAGCGUAAUGCUGCAUAUUAAUUGACAGUAUGUCUCUGUGAACUUUUGUUUAGGCAACUUAAUUAUUGCAAACUUUACUUGUGCUCUUUGUUUUGGCUGAUACCAUGGAGUUUAAUUCAGUUUUUGCAAUUAUACUAUUUCUGUUAGCUUGGAGUUUGAUUGAGACAUAGACCGAGCAGUAAGCACAUGUGAUUGUCAAUUUAAUGCAAUUUUUCUGAAUUAUUAAUGUGAUGUGUCUGAGUGUGUCCCCAAAAAGAAACUUAGCAGAAGAAAAUUGUAGAUAGAAAUAUCUGUUAAUCCUCUGCUAGCCAGGCUGUUCUUGCUACAGGAGUCCAAGCCAACUACACUUUCUCCUGCUCCUAGAAGCGGCAAUGGAGGGGGGCAAUCGGAGUAGGACGGUGGUUGUUGCUUUUGCUAGGAUUCUUCCUUGAGAUAUCUAACCACCACAGAGCUGCCUGAUAUGUUCUUGCUGCUACUUCUUUCAUGUUUGAGAGAGUUACAGAUCUUCGUGGAUAAACAUAAGAGUGAUGGUGAUUUUAGUUCAUAUAUUUUGCCCUGAUAUGCUCCUCCGUUUAGUGUAUCUUUCGAAUUUCUAGAAUGCUAUUUCUUCAUAUUUCUUGUUUUGAUACGCAAGCAUUUUUCCUGUUCCAGGUUCAGACCCCCGGCAGGCCAGCACCAACAACACAUGUGUAUUUGACCAUUGGGCUUUGCUUUGUAGUUAUCCCUUCAAGUUAUUAUUUAUGAUGGAAAGUGGAAAUAUAUUUUCCGUGCAAAAUGGUCAGAUACUUGUUUUUGAAUCUUACAUAGAAGAAUUGGCUCGAAGUAUA